UUGCACUGCUGGGAUGUAGCAGUUUCUUUUGUGCCAUGUAUGCAGUAUGAUUGUGUUUUAAUUGAAAAGUCCUUUUUAAAAUCAGAUUCUCAAACGUAUAUUGUAAUAGAGAAAAUUGUUGACUAUAUUUGACUUUCAGUCUAGGAAUCAUGUCUUUAACAACGGCGCGAUCAUUCUUGUCAGAAGCUGGUUACGGGGAGCAAGAAUUAGAUGCCAAUUCUGCUCUGAUGGAGCUGGACAAAGGGCUGCGGUCCGGCAAGCUUGGAGAACAGUGUGAAGCUGUGGUGCUCUUUCCCAAGCUGUUCCAGAAAUACCCGUUCCCUAUCCUGAUCAACUCCGCCUUUCUGAAACUGGCAGACAUCUUCAGACUGGGAAACAAUUUUCUACGGCUCUGUGUGCUGAAGGUGACUCAACAGAGUGAGAAGCACCUGGAGAAAAUCUUAAAUGUUGAUGAGUUUGUCAAGAGGAUUUUCUCCGUCAUUCACAGCAAUGAUCCAGUGGCCAGAGCCAUCACUCUCAGAAUGCUGGGUAGUAUGGCCUCCAUUAUCCCAGAGAGGAAGAAUGCCCACCACAGCAUCCGCCAGAGUCUGGACUCUCACGACAAUGUGGAAGUGGAAGCAGCGCUUUUUUCCGCGGCCAGCUUCUCUGCCCAGUCCAAAGAUUUUGCAGCAGGAAUUUGCAACAAAAUUGGUGAAAUGAUCCAAGGUCUUGACACUCCCGUGGAUCUGAAGCUGAAGCUCAUCCCCAUUCUGCAGCACAUGCACCACGAUGCCAGCCUGGCUUCCAGCAGCCGGCAGCUCCUCCAGCAGCUGGUCACCUCCUACCCCUCCACUCAGAUGGUCAUCGUGACUUUGCACACCUUCACCCAGCUCGCAGCCUCCUCCCUCAUUGAUAUCCCGAAGCAGAUUCAGCUUUUGCUGCAAUAUUUGAAGGAAGACCCUAGGAAAGCUGUUAAAAGGCUGUCUGUCCAAGACCUGAAAUUCCUGGCAAAAAAGGCACCUCACCUGUGGAUGAGAGAGAAUAUUCAAACAUUAUGCGAGUGUGCCCUGAACACUCCCUAUGACAGUCUGAAGCUUGGCAUGCUGUCUGUGCUGUCCACUCUGUCAGGGACCAUCGCAAUCAAACAGUACUUCAGCAUUGCAGCAGGAAGCAGCUCUGCUCCCCCACGACCCACUGAUCUAGUGAGGUUAGCGCAAGAGUGCUGUUACCAUAGCAACCUGGCAGUGGUAGCUUGUGGCGUCACCGUUUUGUCCAAUAUUGCAAUAACCUGUCAGGAGAAAGAUCUCCUGCAGGUGGAGCAAGAUGCUGUGCUUGGCCUUGAGUCUCUGCUGGUUCUUUGCAGUCAAGAAGAUAGUGCCAGUGCUCAGGCCACUUUAAAGACAGCCCUCACCUGCAUGGUGAAGCUGGUGAAGUGCCGCCCUCACCUGAGCCAGUCCGUGGUGGAGUUCCUGCUGUGUCAGCUCCACUCGGCGCAGGACGUUGCCCGCAUCCUCAUGUGCCACUCCCUAGCGGCCAUUGCCAUGCAGCUGCCAGUCCUUGGCGAGGGCAUGCUGGGAGAUCUGGUGGACCUCUAUAAAGUCAUUGGCCGCUCAGCCACUGACAAGCAGCAGGAGCUACUGGUCACCUUAGCGACGGUGAUCUUUGUAGCCAGUCAGUCGGCUCUUUCUGCAGAGGUGAAGACUGUGAUCAAACAGCAGCUGGAGGACGUGGCCAAUGGCUGGACAGUGUACAGGAUCGCCAGACAGGCCUCCAGAAUGGGCUGCCACGAGAUCUCCAGCGAGCUGUACCAGAGCCUGCGCACGCGGGUGGCCUCUGAGCACUUCUACUUCUGGCUGAACAGCCUGAGGGAGUUCUCGCAGGCCGAGCAAUGCCUGAGCCAGCUGGAAGGAGGAGAUUACAGCGGGGCCAUGGCUGCCAUUGCAGAGACCCUGAAGUCCUACCAGAAAGGAAUCGCGUCGCUUACGGCUGCCAGCACCCCGCUGAACCCCCUGAGUUUUCAGUGUGAGUUUGUGAAGCUGCGCAUUGACACUCUGCAGGCCCUCUCCCAGCUCAUCUGCACCUGCAACAGCCUGAAGACCAGCCCCCCGCCGGCCAUUGCCACCACCAUCGCCCUCACCUCCGGAAACGAGCUGCAGCGCUGCGGCCGCAUCUCCACGCAGAUGAAAGUGUCCAUGGAUGAAUUCAGAGCCCUGGCCACUCGUUAUGCAGAUCUGUACCAGUCUUCAUUUGAUGCUGAUUCAGCCACUCUCAGGAAUGUGGAGUUACAGCAACAGAGCUGCCUGUUAAUUUCUCAUGUAAUUGAGGCUCUUAUCCUGGAUCCACAUACAGGAAGUUUUCAGGACUAUGGAGUCUUAAGCGCGGUGCAGGCGGAGAGUGAAUACGAGAGGAAGAUGAUGUCAGUUUUCAAUCGUGUCCUGGAGGAAGUAGAAUCACUUGGCAGGAAGUACCCCCCUGUCUCUUACUUGCACACAGGUUGUCUCUGUGAUGCAGUUAUUGCCCUGCUGAAAGUACCGCUUUCCUUUCAAAGGUACUUCUUCCAAAAAUUGCAAUCCACUAGCAUCAAGCUUGCCCUCUCCCCCUCACCCCGGAGCCUGAGUGAGCCAAUCACAGUGCAGAACAGCCAGCAGCUGACACUGAAGGUUGAGGGAGUGGUCCAGCACGGCUCCAGCCCUGGUCUCUUCCGCAAGAUCCAGUCAGUGUGUCUGAAUGUCAGCUCUACCCUACAGAGCAAAACAGGGCAGGACUACAAGAUUCCCCUGGAUAACAUGACCAAUGAGAUGGAGCAGAGGGUCGAGCCCCAUAACGAUUACUUCAGCACGCAGUUCUUGCUGAACUUCGCCGUCCUGGGCAACCACACGGUCACGGUGGAGGCAUCGGUGGUCGACUGUAACGGCAUAGUGUGGAAGACAGGUCCGAAAACCACUCUGGCCAUCAAGUCCCUGGAGGACCCCUAUUCCCAACAGCUCCGGCAUCAGCUGCAGCAGCAGCAGCAGCAACAGCAGCAGCAGCAGUCCAUCGCUCAGCCCCCGCCUCAGAGGAGCGUGUACACCCGCUUCCAGUGAAGCCUAUGGGCGUAGCUACCAACGUAAGGGACAGGGCUGGAGCAAAGUCUUGCUUCACGACCCCCCAGCAGCAUGUCUUUCACAGAACGCUCCUGCAGACCACGUUUUCCCUGCUUUACCUCCUGACCUUUUCUCAAAUUAUCUCCUGAAAAAUGAAUUCCUGUGCAGUAAAGCUUCUGUUUCAUCCGACGAUAACGACCUCCGUAGUGCUUUCCGUUUUUCACACUGUGACGAAGGAGGGGCAAAGCUUGUUGAAGUGCCAGAGUAUGCUGUCGUGUAUAAGAAUGAAUAAAUGGUGUCUUUUUAAUAAAAUGGCUCUGGCCAACGCA